UGGCCGGCGCGGGCCGGGCCGGGCGCGCGGCGCUGCUUCUUAACGGGCGCGUCGCGGGCGCGGCGGGAGCGCUGAGCGCCGGCGGGGCCGCUGCCACUGUCACACCGGGACACUGUCGCGACAUGAGCGAGAGACAAGGAACCGGGGCUACAAAUGGGAAAGACAAGACGUCUGGUGAGAAUGAUGGGCAAAAGAAGGUCCAAGAGGAGUUUGACAUAGACAUGGACGCGCCAGAGACAGAGCGGGCGGCCGUGGCGAUACAGUCGCAGUUCAGAAAAUUCCAGAAGAAAAAAGCUGGCUCCCAGUCCUAGUAGCUACCUCACAGCUCAAAACAAAGUAAUCCUGAGAUGAUUUAUCAAGAUCAGAAAUAACACAAAGAUGCAUGUACAGAAAUUAUCAAUAUUUAAAACCCCAUUGGCAGAUAACAACCCAUGAGCUUGUGUGCGACUUCAUCCCAGAUGUUUCACGCCCAUUAUCCUCUGUAACUCACCAUUUUACUUGAUGUUGUAAUAAAAAGUUAGGGUGAAGUAAUUAAAGUGUCUGCCUUCAUCUGUCUUUCCAUAUUAAUCCAGCAAGUGCAGCGUUACAAAUGAACCCAGCCCAGAUGCCUGUUUCCCUCUCCACCUAAAGCUCAGAGUCGUAACAGCACCGUAUGUUGCAGGGAUUUUUGCUGAGGGAUGAGAUAGAUGCAUCUCAGCCCUGCUUCCCUCAUUUGGAGACUUCCAGCUGCCAGCAAAAUGUGAAAAUAAAAUGACUUUCUUGUAAUGAGUUGAAAGUAAAAAAAAAAAAAAUAAAAAAGAGAAAAGUUGCAGACAGAAGCUGGCAUGAGGGGUGUAGGAAGCAGGGAGCAGUUUAUUUUUGUCUUGCAAGUGUGUCAAUAAAGUGGUUUGAGUGGGGAAAUUGUGCCUGUCCUUCCUCUUUGCAUGAUAACAUUCAGAGUUCUUGGACCACAUUGACUGUUAUGGAAAGAAAAUAAUAAACCAGACAUAAAAUAC